AUGGGUGACGCCGACUAUCCGAACUUGGAGAGCAUAUGCCGGUUGUGUCUGAAGGAAGAUGCUGGAACUGUAGCCAUUUUCCCGCUGCCAGAAGUAAAACUGGAAAAGAACUCUGUCCAUAUAUCCAUACCGAUGCGUAUAAUGUCCUGUGCCGCUCUCGAAGUACAGUCCCACGAUGGUUUGCCGGCAAAAAUAUGCCCCGAUUGCCGUUUGCAAUUGGAGAAGUCCUAUUUGUUUCGCAAACAAAGCCAAACUUCCGACUCCAAGCUAAGGAAGCACAUACGCCUCUUGAGUUUGGGUAAAAAGAGUAAAGUUUUUAAAAAGUCCACCGAUGAUGAUGACGACGAUGAUGAAUUAGAAUUUCAAGAUUCCAUAGAUUUUAUAAAGCAGCACGAAGAUAAAUUGAAAGCUGAGGAGGAGGCAAAACUUCAACGUUUCAGGGAUGAAAUGAAAUUGGAACAAGAAGCUGAAUUGGAAAAAUGUAAGGAGACAAUGAAAAUCAAAUGCCGCGAAGAAGUUCGUCGGGAAGUUGAACAAGUGGUGAGGAAAGAACUGGAACAGGAAAUGCAGAAGGAGAUGAAAGAAGUUUUAAUGCCAAAGAUACGUAAUGAAUGUAUGGAAAAGGCUCGAGAAUCGUUGAGGGAAGAAGUUCGCGAAGAGUGCCGCGAAAAUGAAAUGAAAAAUCUUUUGGAUGAUCUACAGGCAUUUCUUAAAGAGCGUCAAGGUACUACAGAAACCGCCAAAACAAAUGAGACUACGAAAUCCAGGAGAAUAACAAUUAAUUGCCAAUCAUCAUCGGUCUGUAAUGAAGAACCAGCAGCCAAAAGACCUCGAUAUUCCAAUAAUAAAAUCCAGUUGAUACAAAUGAGCGAUUUAGAUGCAAAACCUGUUAAAGUAAUUACAGCGAAUCAAAUGACGAAUCACCAACAGUUGAAUGGCCCAGUCACGACAAAUAUCAAAACCCAAUCAGUUCUCAAUGAUGUUGCUGCUUCUGCUGAUAUGGAUAUAAAUGUCCAUGGCGAUGAGGAGGACGAGGAAAUGGAUGAGGAAAAUGAUUGUGAUAGUGAUAAUUUCUUUAUAUAUGACACCGAUGAAGGUUUUGAACUGCAAAAGAAGUCCAGCAGCAAAUCUCAAGCUAAUGAUGAAGAUUUAAUAUUGUCUCAAGAAUCGGCACAGACGUACGAUAGUGCCGAUGAUAAUUUGGUAACACUCGAAACGCAGACACCACAAAAGUCUUUGGAAACAAUGACAACAAUUUCAUAUAGAAUUGCAGAUUCUCAAAAUGGCGAAAUAAAGUUUUUAAAAAAAUCCACUGAUAUAAUCGAAAAUUCCGUGGUAAACCAUAAUGAUGAGGAUAACAAUGAUCAACUACAGAAUGCAAACAUUAUGAUUUUGGAUUACCCCACAGAAGAUGGUGAGGAUGAGGAACAUUUGGAAUUAAUAGAUUGUGGUGAAGAUUAUAACAAUAAAAAUAUGAAACCAAUUAUAUUAAAAACCCAAACCAUAAAAACCACUCAACCGAUCGAAGAUGAAAAUAACAUUCCUUCAACAAUCAACAAUGCACAACAUAACGUCAUUGCCUCAGCUACAGUGGAAACGACCACAACCACUACGACAUUAAUGUCCAAGACCUAUUCUGUACAGCGACAAACAGAUACGCCAAAAACAUUUAAAUGUAACAGCUGUCCCAUGGUAUUUUCAACAAACGCCUCUUUGGAACGGCAUUUACGUACCCACCGGAAGGGUGAAGAAACCGGUGUAUCAUUCCAAUGUCCCGAGUGUCAGGUGGUGGUGUCAUGUGCUAGCGCCUUGCGUCGUCACAUGUAUGUACAUUGUGAAGAAAAACCAUUUAUUUGUUCCGAAUGUGGUCGUUCGUUUGUACAAAAGGAAAUACUCAAACGGCAUAUGCAAACACAUACCGGCGUAAAACCAUAUCAAUGUGAACACUGUGAUCGUUCCUUUGCCCAACGUAUUAAUUUAAAACAGCACAUCAAUCGCCAUCACACCGAGGAGCCGCAGAUUCAACAAUAUUCCUGUCAUUUGUGUCCGAAACGUUUUAAUCACGCCUCCGGUUUGAGUCGUCAUUUGGCCUCUCACAGUGGUGUGGCAUUUCAGUGUUCCGAAUGUGAUCGUACCUUUGGCGAUCGUUCAUCGAUAAAGCGACAUAUUGCCAAUAAACAUGGCGGACUUAAAGAACCAAAGUUGGAAAAAAGUUAA